CCUCUUCGCAUCCCCCUCACCACAAUUUCUUCCCACUUGCAGCCUGCCUUCAUAUUCAUAGCAUAGCUGAGCUGAGUUGCUUGCAUGCUUUCUUUCUGCAAAAUCUAGUUACCAAUCCUGCCUCGACACACACUUUUUUUGUUUGUUUGAUUCUGUUUUUUGUUUUUGAAAGCCACCAUCAUCAUAUAUAACAAUAUGGCCAUCAAGAAAUCGAACAAAUUGCCACAAGCAGCAGCUUUGAAGCAAAUCCUGAAAAGGUGCUCCAGUUUGGGCAGGAAACAUGGGUACGAUGAUGCAGAGGAAAAUGGGCUGCCGGAGGAUGUCCCAAAAGGGCACUUUGCAGUUUAUGUGGGUGAAAAUCGAAGCAGAUACAUUGUGCCUAUUUCUUUCUUGACUCACCCAGAAUUUCAGUCUCUGCUCAACAGAGCUGAAGAGGAGUUUGGAUUUGAUCAUGAGAUGGGCCUCACUCUUCCCUGCGAAGAAGUCGUUUUCCGAUCCCUAACUUCCAUGCUCAGAUAAUAAAUCCUAUUAUCCUAUUAUUAUUAUUAUUUAUUCUAAACUAACCCCCGUAACAAUUAAGGGUGGGUUAUUUAAUUUUCUAGCUAAUUUUGGAGGAAGAAGAUCGAUGAUCAGGAUGGAAUGCAGCUUUGCUACUGCUGUUGCUGCUUUUUGUCUUUUUUUAAACAUCUUUCUUCACUCAUGGAAGAUCUAUAUAUAUAUAUAUAUAUUUGUAGUCUCUAACCCAUGACCCAUGAAUAUUAAUUAAUGUUUUCUGGGUUGGAUCUGAUUUGUAAAAACAGCCUGUAAAUUUUCCUCACAGUGGUGUUUCCAUGCACCCUGAGAGAGAAUCGUUUCGUCAAUAUUAUUCAUUCUAUGUUCAAUCAGUACUCUUUGCUUUUCUAUA